AUGGCCGGGCAACAGUUCCAGUACGAUGACAGCGGCAAUACCUUUUUCUAUUUCCUAACGUCCUUCGUCGGACUUAUUGUGAUCCCGGCCACAUAUUACCUCUGGCCCCGGGAUCAAAAUGCUGAACAACUCCGUCUGAAGAGCCUGCGGAGGGUGCACGGCAGAUGUCUGUGGUAUCGGCUCAGGCUGAUGAAGUCGCAGCAGAGCAUCGUUCCAACACUAAAGAAAGCAGCCUUGUUAUUUGGGUGGCUUGUGUUCCUGCUGCUAGCCUACAAGGUGUCCAAGCUGGACAGGGAGUACCAGGAGUAUAAUCCAUAUGAAAUCCUCAACUUGGAACCGGGUGCAUCGCUGACAGAAAUUAAGAAGCAGUAUCGUGUACUGUCACUCAAGUAUCACCCUGACAAAGGGGGCGAUGAGGCCACAUUCAUGAGAAUUGCCAAAGCCUACGCUGCUCUGACCAAUGAACAGUCACGGCUGAACUGGGACCUGUAUGGAAACCCAGAUGGUCCAGGAGCAACCAGCUUUGGUAUUGCCCUGCCUGCCUGGAUUGUUGACCAGAAGAACUCAAUGCUGGUGCUGUUGGUUUAUGGACUUGCCUUUAUGGUCAUCCUUCCAGUUGUUGUGGGGACGUGGUGGUACCGCUCAAUCCGAUACAGUGGAGACCAGAUCCUCAUAAACACCACUCAACUCUUCAUGCAUUUUAUGUGCAAGACACCGAACAUGAACAUGAAACGGUUAAUCAUGGUGUUGACGGCAGCACUUGAAUUUGACCCUCGCAACAACAAAGAGGCCACCAUACGACCCACAGACAACGUUGAAGUGCCGCAGUUGAUCCGUGAAUUAGGAAAUAUCAACGUGAAGAAGAAGGAGCCUCCAUUUUACUAUCCCUACAGUUUGAAGGCCAGGGUCUUGGUGCUAGCUCACUUGGCUCGCAUGGAGGUGUCUGAGGAAUUGGAGGAAGAUCAGAGGUUUGUGGUGAAGAAGACUCCAGCGCUCCUCCAGGAGAUGAUCAAUGUGGGCUGUCAGCUUAUUUUCAUGGCCAACAGCAGAGGUUUCAAUGCUCCUCGCCUCGUGACAAUAGAGAACUGUAUGAAACUGACCCAGAUGAUAGCUCAGGGCCUGAAGGAGUCAAAGUCACCGCUGCUGCAGCUGCCUCAUUUUGAAGAGGAGCACCUCCGGUACUGCAUUUCUAAGAAGUAUAAGGUGCGAACCCUCCAGGACCUGGUGAGUUUGAAGGACUCUGACAGACGAAACAUGCUGCGUUUUCUUGGGGAGGAGACGUACGACGAGGUCAUGGCUGUGCUGGGCAGCUUCCCUCACAUCACCAUGGAUAUCAAACUACAGGUCCUUGACGAUGAAGACAGUAGUAACAUCACAGCAGGCUCAAUCGUCACAGUAACCGUCACAUUAACCAGGAAACGGAUGGCGGACAUGUUUGAACAAGAACAGGAGUCACUGCCAUGUCAAGGAGAUGAAACUGCCACUACAGAAGAAGCACAAGGAGACACAAGUAAAACCAAAACCAAAGUGUGGCAGAACAAGAAUAAAGGGGCUAAGAAGACAGCCAAGUCUAAGAAAAAAAAGUUAACCAAGAAGAAGGCCACUCCUGCUCCUGCCAAAAACAAGCAGGCCAAUGGCAGUGUGGCAGGAAAUGAAGUUGCAGCAACAACGACGACAGCAGCAGCUGCGGCAGCAAAGGAGGAAGAGGACGAUGCAUCAGACAAAGGCAGCGAAUCAGAUGAGGGUGAAGCCAACAAGGAUUCCCCCAGCGAAAGAGACGAAGACAGCGACAAACAGAGCGACACAGAAGUCGAUGAGAUGGGCGGUGACGAUGAGGAGGAGUGGGAGGCGUUGCAACAAAGCAUCCAGCGGCGAGAGCGGGCCCUGCUAGAAACCAAGUCAAAGGUGACGCACCCAGUUUACAGUCUCUACUUCCCAGAGGAGAAGCAGGAGUGGUGGUGGCUCUACAUCGCUGACCGCCGAGAGCAUACCCUCGUCUCCAUGCCCUGCCAUGUGUGCACACUAAAAGACACAGAAGAGGUGGAGCUCAAGUUUUCAGCCCCCUCCAAAACGGGCAACUACCAAUAUUCUGUUAUCCUUCGCUCUGAUUCCUACCUGGGACUGGACCAGAUCAAACCACUCAAGUUGGAGGUCCACGAGGCCAAGGCCAUGUUGGACAACCACCCGCAGUGGGACAUCCCCGACACAGAGGAGGAAGACGAGGAGCAGGAGGACAGCGACGGCAUCGAGGAGAGCGAAGAUGACGACGAGGACAACGACUGAGCGUGCGCACGCACUCGGUCCUCUCCCCCUUCCCCUCCCAUGGACUUGGCCACACAUUCACUGCUGACCCCACUCAAGUCAGAAAGCAGUCAGUGAGGAGCAGCAAAGCCACAAACACUCACAGUCACCAGGGACAGUUUAUACAUACAGAGCCCUCCUCCAUUUAACCUUUACAGAAUCAUGGACGGUGACCCGAACCCCACCAACCCUGAAAUUCUCUUUUCUACAGAGACUUGUUUGUUCACUUUCCGCUGCUGGUGGAAGAGAAUUCUGUGAAUACUAACAGGCCUGUUUUGUGUGAAUGGGUGUGGGUGUGAGUGCAAGUGCGUGUAUGGUAUGUAACCUUGUGUGUCUUUGUACACGUAUGAGAGAUGGAUACACUGUGGACUGGAGGACCUAUUAUUAUUAUUAUUAUUAUUAUUAUUAUAUGGGCUCUUUUCUUCUUUUCUUGACAGGGAGUGGGGAUGUAUAACCGCCAAUUCCAUUUGCAAAAUUAAAAACACUGAUCUCCAUAUGGAAAUCAUUUUCAACACACUUGCUCCUGUUUUUAAUAUCACUUGGCGCCAAUGUUUUCCACAGCAGUGAUACUUUCUAUUGUACGUUUAUACCACAGAAGUGCAAGCUUUAGUCCUCCUUGCUGGGGAUCACAACCAAGUCAGCCAUUGGGAUAUUUACUUACUUCCACUGUUAUACCAGCCAUUGAUUUGUCUGUACUUAUUCAUAUGUUUGACAUAUGUUUCUACAGAUGGAUUCUGAUCUGAUCUGUUGUUCCCCUGUGAUUCACUUUAAAAUGUAUUUUUCCAAAAGAGACAGUGGUUGGUUGAAAGCAGGUGGAGCUUGAGUGGAAAUGUGACCUCCAAUGUAACUGGGAGAAAUGGGGAAGAAAUGUGCAGUGUUAGGAUUUGUUUGAAUGAGUCCUCUAAUUAAACUAAAGGUGUGUCUUCAGUCUUUUAUGGGGCUAAGAAACACACACACAUAUGUGACUUCCCUAUCCAUCCUUUUUUUGUUUGUUUUUUUUUUUAAACAGUUGUGGCACAUUCCAGUGUGAACUCCUUGUCUGAAAAAGGCCUUAUGAAUACAACAAAUAGUGCAACAUACAAGCCCUUGGGUGCUAUGCACCAGUGAAUCCUGAGAGAGCAGAAAGAAAACUUUUUUUGUGUAACAAUCUAGUGUUUUUUUUUUUUUUUUUUUUGUCUUUCCAUAAUUACCUGUAGCUCAUAAGUCUUGGGAUACAUAUCACCGAUCUUGCCAUCACAACGCCUCCUAUUAAGUACAGUUACUUUGUAGUUCUUUGUGCAUUGUGAGUGUAAAAGUGAGUAUGAUAUCCUUGUUAGGCGCACACAGCACUCAUCUGAGAACUCCCUCGAACAAAAAGCUGUUAAACUUGUAGUGUAAGACUGGGCUUCUUCUGGCGAGCACCUUUUUUCUUCAGCAGAACUGGUUUAGUUGUGCAAUUGCUGCCAUUUGCGAUGGAGCGUUUUCCCACCAAACCUGGAAGGUUUUAAUUUUUCUGUCUGAUGCACACAAAGCAGCUCAGGCUCCCAUUUUCAUUACAGUGUUUUAUUUUUUUAAAUCUGUAGUUAAAAUUAAUUUAACACAUAAAUGUAUGUCUUGUUUUGUUCGAAUCUAACGUUGAUUUUUACAUGUGUUAGACUUUGGGAGGAAAAAAAAAAACAGCUUCCUUGAGUAGCACUGUGGGCUCUCACUGUAUGUUGACAACUUGGCAGUUUCAGUUUAUAAAAGUAAUGUGUAAUCUAUCACCAUAAAUAUCCAUGCAACGCUUAAUUGUUUUGGGGGGUUUUUUUUAAAUAUUUUUUUUCCGUUACAGUGCUUACUCGUGUGUCAUGUUCGUGCGGGAGAGAGAAAAGUGUAAGCAUGCUCUCCUAGCACCACAUACACACAAUCUCACAUGCACAAACUAUACUCAUCUGUAGUUGUGUUCAGAGCAGGUGUAUGCUAACAGGUAAUAUUAUAAUCUGCAUAUUUAUCACUCUACAAUAGAAUGUAGCAUCAGUGAUUUACGCUGUGUGUGUGUGUGUGUAUGGGGGGGGGACUGCAGCAAGGUUAAAUAUACCAUCUCACCCAUGACAGACCUUAUCCAGGCAACUGGCCGGCAGGUUGCCUCAGUUUGGACAAAUGAUCACCCAAUGACUAUCUGCCACUUUUGUUUACAAAGGAACUGUCAUUGUAAAUGGAAAAAUAUAUUAUUUGUAUUUAAAAAUCAUUUCAAAUAAAAACUUUUAAAUGA